CAGACGGACCGGUCCGACUAGGAGACGUCCUCCAAAACACUGCAGAAAUGGAUGAUGAUUGUUCCACAACAGAGGCCUUUGAUGAGCUGAAAAGCAGAUCACUUGGAGUUUCAGAUGUGGCUCAGAUUGCAGCUGGCACAGGUCUGGCUGUCUACGCCAUGUGGGUGGGAAUCCUACAGCCUGGCUUCCGAAGAGUUCCUUUAAAAUUACAAGUUCCCUAUAUACCAGCCAGCAAAUCUCAAGUACGAAAUGUAAUGACGCUACUGAAAGGUCGAAAAGGAGGCAUAGUGGAUUUAGGAUCUGGAGAUGGACGCAUUGUGCUGGAAGCCCAUCGUCGUGGUUUCACACCUGCUGUUGGCUACGAGCUCAAUCCCUGGCUUAUUUAUUUGUCCCGCUUCAACGCUUGGAGAAUAGGUCAUCACAGAAAAGUUUCAUAUAGAAGAGAAGAUCUUUGGAAGGUGGAUCUUUCAGAAUGCAAAAAUAUUACAGUGUUUUUGGCUCCUAGUGUGCUUUCGUUGCUGCAAAAGAAGCUGCUGGCCGAGCUUCCCAACGAUGCAUUGGUCAUAGCUGGUCGUUUUCCAUUUCCAGACUGGACUCCCUACAGAAUAGAGGGGCUUGGUGUGGACAGAGCGUGGGCUUAUAGUAUAGAAGCCCAAAGGAAUGUUAACAAGGCAGCAGAUAUUGUUUCCUAAAGAAGAGGAGUCAACAUGAACAAUAUUUAUGGCCAAAAUAUGCUACUUCAGUCCUCAGGCGGACAUUGUCCCUUAAGUGAUAGACAUCCUGACACCUGCUGCUGUAUCACUCGACUAGAUUUUAUGUGUUUAUUUUUUUGGAGUGCCUGUUUUAUUUUAAAACCUCGAUGGGGUGUUCACGGUCCCUCUGAACUGAAGCAAUUUUUCAUCAGAAUUUUACUAAUCGCAGAAAGUUUGGUGCAAUUGCAACUGA